AUGGCUUCCGUGCAAUUUUCCGGAGACGAUAAUAAUGAGGGUGGUCAUGAGAACAACGAAGUUCAGGCGGUUAGCAGCAACAUCUCCAAACCGACCAAACGCCAAAGAUGGGCCACCACGCGCCAUGCGGGCUCCGGUGGCGUGCGGAAACGUGUCUCCAUCAUCGAUCGGUUUCACAAGCGCUCGGAAAUGAGGGAUGAGAAGCGCAGGUCUGCAACUCCGAGCACUCCGGCCGACACCGCGUCCACCAACGGCGACAGCCAGGCUUCGGGUAUCAAUCGAACGAUCUAUUUCAACAUUCCAAUCCCGGAAACCGAACGAGACGAGGAUGGUCACCUUCUUCAUACUUAUCCUCGAAACAAGAUUCGUACCGCCAAGUAUACAGCGUUGACAUUCGUCCCCAAGAACAUUUGGCUACAGUUUCACAACAUUGCGAACAUUUACUUCUUGUUCGUCAUUAUUCUUAAUUUUUUCUCGAUUUUCGGUGCCAACAACCCCGGUUUGAACGCCGUUCCCCUGAUCGUCAUUAUCGUUGUGACCGCAAUCAAGGACGCUAUCGAAGAUUGGGGCCGAACUGUAUCGGAUAACCAAGUAAACAAUUCCCCGGUUUAUCGCCUUGUCGAAUGGAAUAAUGUGAAUUCGACCGAAGAUAAUAUCUCAUUAUGGCGUCGGUUCAAGAAAGCGUGCACGCGGGGCGCCAUUUCCACAUACCACUGGGGCAAGAAUGUUUUCACCAAGAAGAAGGACCAGGAGGGCGAUCUCGACGACGGAGAACGACGUGACUCUUUCCUCACGACAGCGACCCCGCGGGCUUCGGUAUAUUCGCACCGCGACUCUCUUGCCGUCGAUGCUGCUAUUCCGAUGACCGAGGUUCCUUCGCCUCAAGCUGAAGUCCGAGAAGACUGGCCUAUCCAGAGCGUUCCCGAGAACAAGUACCUUUCCCCGAACAGCGCUCUUCGAGAAAGUGUCAUGUCGCCCACUUCGCUUGACAAGAAAACCGGAAGCGUGUUAGACAAGACGAAGCAGACACCCGGAACCGCUCGAUUCAAGCGGGACUAUUGGAAGAGUAUCCAGGUCGGUGACUUUGUCCGUCUCUACAACGAAGACCCAAUUCCGGCCGAUGUCGUGAUUUUGUCCACCUCUGACCCCGAUGGCGCCUGUUACGUUGAGACGAAGGGUCUGGACGGCGAGACCAACUUGAAGGUCCGUCAGGCGCUUCACUGCGGUCGCCAAGUUCGACAUGCUCGCGACUGUGAGAAGGCUGAAUUCACGAUCGAAAGCGAAGCUCCUCACCCUAACCUGUAUGCUUACAACGGUGCAAUCCGUUGGGAACAGCGCGACCCGAACUUCCCGGAUGCUCCCCGCAAGGAGAUGGUCGAGCCCGUGACAAUUAACAACAUGCUGCUUCGUGGCUGUUCCCUGCGCAGUACCGAGUGGGUUCUUGGUGUCGUCGUCUUCACUGGUGGUGAGAGUAAGAUUAUGCUCAACUCUGGUGCAACUCCCGCCAAGCGCGCUCGCCUGGCCAAGGACUUGAACUGGAACGUCAUCUACAACUUCAUCAUCCUGUUCAUCAUGUGCCUUGUUGCAGGUAUCGUGAACGGUGUCGCAUGGGGUUCUUCAGAUAAAUCAUUGAACUUCUUCGACUAUGGGUCUUACGGUGGCACGCCCCCCGUGACGGGUAUUGUCACCUUCUGGACAGCUCUGAUUCUGUUCCAGAACUUGGUUCCAAUUUCACUCUACAUCUCCCUGGAAAUUGUCCGCACUAUUCAGGCCGUCUUUAUCCACAGCGAUCUUUACAUGUACUACGAAAAGCUUGGACUCUACUGUGUGCCCAAGUCGUGGAACAUUUCAGAUGACGUGGGACAGGUCGAGUACAUCUUCUCUGACAAGACCGGUACUCUUACGCAGAACGUUAUGGAAUUCAAGAAAGCCACCAUCAAUGGCGUGGCCUACGGCGAGGCAUACACCGAAGCUCAAAUUGGCAUGAGACGCCGUGAAGGCGCUAAUGCUGAUGAAGAAGCUGCCGUGGCUCGUGCACAGAUUGCAGCGGAUGGGAAAAAGAUGCUGGAAAUGCUGCGUCGUAUCCAUGACAACCCUUAUCUGAAAGAUGAGAACUUGACUUUCAUUGCUCCCAAUUUUGUCGCGGACGUCGAAGGGCAAUCCGGUCAAACCCAAAAAGCAGCUGUGGAACAUUUCAUGCUCGCCCUGGCUCUGUGCCACUCUGUUAUCACCGAACACACUCCGGGUGACCCUCCUCAGAUUGAGUUCAAGGCGCAAUCGCCCGAUGAAGCUGCGUUGGUUAGCACUGCCCGUGACUGUGGCUUUACCGUCCUUGGUCGUGCCGGUGAUGAUCUUUUGUUGAACGUCAUGGGCGAGGAACGCACUUAUACUGUCUUGAACACCCUUGAAUUCAACUCCUCGCGAAAGCGUAUGAGUGCCAUUAUUCGCAUGCCGGAUGGCACUAUCCGUCUCUUCUGCAAGGGUGCCGACAGUAUCAUCUACUCGCGCCUGGCCCGUGGCAAGCAGCAGGAGCUCCGACGCCAGACUGCCGAGCACCUCGAGGAAUUCGCCAAAGAAGGACUACGAACUCUGUGCGUUGCUGACCGUCUUCUUAGCGAAGAGGAAUACCAAACUUGGAACCGUGAACAUGACAUUGCCGCUGCUGCAAUCACGGAGCGCGAAGAGAAAAUGGAAGAGGUUGCAAGCAAGAUUGAGCAGGAGUUGAUGCUCAUUGGUGGAACUGCCAUUGAGGAUCGUCUGCAAGAUGGCGUGCCAGACACCAUUCAACUGCUCGCAGAUGCUGGUAUCAAGCUGUGGGUUCUGACUGGCGACAAGGUCGAGACUGCAAUCAACAUUGGUUUCUCGUGCAAUCUGCUCAACAACAAUAUGGAUCUGAUCGUCCUCAACGUCCCCGAGGGUCAGCAUGAGCAAGCGGCUAAAGAGCUUGACAAGAAUCUUCAAACUUUCGGCUUGACUGGUUCCGACGAAGAGCUUAUCGCUGCUCGUGAGGAUCACACCCCGCCGGAGCCCACCCACGCCGUUAUUGUCGAUGGUGAAACACUCAAGAUGAUGCUUGACGACGAGCUCAAGCAGAAGUUCCUCCUGCUUUGCAAGCAAUGCAAGGCUGUUCUUUGCUGCCGUGUUAGUCCUUCCCAGAAGGCCGCCGUUGUGAACAUGGUCCGCCACGGUCUGAACAUCAUGGGCCUGGCCAUCGGUGAUGGUGCCAACGACGUCGCCAUGAUCCAAGAGGCCGAUGUUGGUGUCGGUAUCGCCGGUGAGGAGGGUCGGCAAGCUGUCAUGUCCUCGGACUAUGCUAUUGGACAGUUCCGCUUCCUCCAGCGCUUGCUCCUUGUUCACGGAAGAUGGUCCUAUCGUCGUUUAGGAGAGUGUACUGCCAACUUCUUCUACAAGAACUUGGUCUGGACCUUCGCUCUCUUCUGGUACUGUUGCUUCAACAACUUCGACGGCUCCUAUCUCUUCGACUACACCUAUAUUGUCCUGGUCAACUUGGCCUUCACUUCGCUGCCGGUUAUUUUCAUGGGUAUCUUUGACCAAGACGUCGACGACCGGGUCUCUCUUGCCGUGCCUCAACUGUAUAUGCGCGGUAUUGAGCGCAAGGAGUGGUCACAGUUCAAGUUUUGGAUGUACAUGUUCGAUGGCUUGUAUCAGUCCGUGAUCUGUUUCUUCAUGCCCUAUAUGCUAUACCAGGCAGCCAACUUUGCUACUGAGAAUGGCCGAGACAUUGCUGAUCGAACCCGUAUGGGUGUCCUGGUCGCCACUUGCGCCGUCAUCGCCAGCAACGUCUACAUCAUGAUGAAUACUUACCGCUGGGACUGGUUCACCUGCCUGAUCAAUGCGAUCAGCUCGCUCCUGAUCUUCUUCUGGACUGGAAUUUACUCGUCCUUCACAGCAGCUGGUCAGUUCUACGACGCGGCUGCUGAGGUCUAUGGUGCUCUCACCUUCUGGAUUGUGCUACUUGUGACCAUCAUGAUUGCCUUGCUUCCCCGCUUCAUGUACAACGCGAUCCAGAAGGUGUUCUUCCCCCGGGAUGUGGAUAUCAUUCGUGAGCAGGUUACUCUCGGCAAGUUCAAGCACCUGGAACAGUUCGAAGAUUACGUUCCUCCAAAUGUGGGUGCCGCCGCGAUCGUUGGCUCUGGUGAUGCGUCCGCGACCUCCUCGGAGCUUGCUAAGCCGAUUCAAACAACAGUGAAGCAGGACCAACCCGAUCCCGAGGGAGCUCAACGCUACUACACACCCUCCCAGCACACCAACGGCCACAACCCUCGCAGCCAAAAUGGUAGCAACGGCACCAACUACACGGAGAGCUUGGAUCAAUGUCCACGACCUCAGUCGGUAGACUAUGUCCGUCGUUCCCACGACCGAACGAGGCACUCCUUUGAACGGAUUCGGCACAGCUUUGAGCAGAGCAACGAUUUCACCUCGGCAGCUCGGCUUCAACGGAUGGAAUCAAGCCAUACGCAGGGUUCCAACCAAGAUCCGUUCCGCUCUCCAGGCGAGCCCCCUGCACAUAUGAUUUGA